AUGGAUUCCACCCGCUGCGCGAGCGGCAACGAAUUUGACGGGCGCAUGGGGCUCCGUAUCUCAUCCAUUUUUGUUAUCCUCGUCGGUUCAGCACUGGGCGCCCUUUUCCCCGUGUACGCAGCAAGACACAGAGGAGUAGGAGUACCGGAAUGGGCCUUCUUUGCAGCAAAGUACUUUGGCUCGGGCGUCAUCCUGGCAACCAGCUUCAUUCACGUGAGUUGACAAUUAACCCAAAUAUCAUUUCCCGUCAUCAGAUGCUGACUGGAUCUAGCUCCUCGCCCCAGCCCACGAUGCACUCACCAACGAGUGUCUGACUGGCCCUAUUACAGAAUACGACUGGGUGGAAGGAAUUUGCUUGAUGUCCAUCUUCGCACUCUUCUUCCUCGAGCUGAUGACGAUGCGCUUUGCAAAGUUUGGACAUGAGCAUGGCGCUGCUCACGGGCACGACCACGAACACGGGCCUCUCGGAAUGACUGCAGACUCAGAUGCUACCGUAUCCGAUAUCAAAAACCAGGAAGGCAGUACUGCGGAGCUGAAUAUGGCUUCUCGUUCCACCCAGUGCCCUUCCAGCCCCUUCGUCCCAGGAGACGACCACCUCUCGCACUCCCGUGAACAUCCACGCUCCCCGGGACCUGAUCCACACAGCAAGACAUUUGAUCCGGAGUCGUACGGUGCACAGAUGACGGCGGUCUUCAUUCUUGAGUUCGGUAAGUCUGCACGGCACACAUCCGAUGCGAACGUGUGAAACGUCUGACGGGAUUCUAGGAGUAAUCUUCCACAGCAUAUUCAUUGGAUUGACUUUGGCCGUUGCUGGAUCCGAGUUCACCACGCUUUACACUGUGCUUGCCUUCCACCAGACAUUCGAAGGACUUGCGCUUGGAUCCCGCCUGGGCACCAUGGACUGGCCGGAAAGUAAGCGCUUCACACCUUAUCUGAUGGCAUUGGGCUACGCACUUUCCACGCCACUCGCCAUUGCCAUUGGCCUGGGGGUGCGGAAGACCUUCGAUCCGAACAGCCAGACUACGCUGGUGGUGAACGGCGUUUUCGACUCCAUUUCCGCAGGCAUCCUGAUAUAUACCGGACUGGUGGAGCUGAUGGCUCACGAAUUCAUGUUCUCCUCGUAUAUGCAACGAGCCCCGCUCCGGGUUGUCCUUGGUGCAGUCGGGCUUAUGGCAUUGGGAGCGCUCCUGAUGGCGCUGCUCGGCAAGUGGGCAUGA